CGCCUGCACUUACCCCGCGAAUCAGCCAGCAUGACAGUUGGCUCUGUCUUGCGCAGGUCACUGGCGACAGUAGCAUCAGGUACUAGAGCCGUCCGGCAGCGGCCUGUCGAGUACACGUCUGAGGGUGCCGUGUCUAUCUCAUACGAAGCCUUGCAGUCUGAGCCGUUGUCGCUCGCGCCUUCAAUUGAGAAGGCUUUUGGUCAUCAGCCCGAUUCGUUGGGAAUUAUCGUUGUCCGUGACCUUCCCGAGCACUACUUCGGUGCACGAGAGCGGCUGCUUAAACUCGCCUAUGCUUUCGCUAGCCUCAAUGAGCCUACUCGUGAACGUUAUGCAGAUCCAAAGAGCCGAUAUAGCUUCGGUUGGUCUCAUGGCAAGGAAAUCAUGAACGGCAAACCAGAUGUUCUGAAGGGUUCAUACUAUGCAAACCCUGUCAUGGACGAGCCUGAUAUCUCUAAGGAGCUACGAGAUGCCUACCCGGAGUACUAUGGAAAGAACAUAUGGCCCAAGGAUGUGGAGGCAGUACAAAAUUUCGAGACAUCAUUUAAGUCCCUAGGAAGAUUGGUCUUCGACAUAGGCUGUGACCUCGCAGCUGCUUGCCAGCCAUUUGGUACGACCUGACUUCCAUCUGGUUCUUCCUCGCUGCCUCAUGCUCAACUCGUCUCCGGGACAGCUUCCUCAUAUUUAACGGAUUCCUCCCUCUCGCUGAUUGACCUCAUUCGCAACUCCCAGACAGCCAAGGCGCGACUCCUUCACUAUUUUCCACCCUCCCCCAACGCCCCUCUUCCAGAGGAGGAUGAGCCCAUCGACAGUUGGUGCGGUUUCCAUCUCGACCAUUCCUUGUUGACCGGUCUCUGCUCUGUGAGUGCGCUGUC